CUGGCAACACUGCAUAAACAAAAAUCAGCUGUUUUUGUUUUGAUUUGUGCUCACGUUGUUCAGCGGGCACCGGUCGAAAUACGUGAAUAAAAUAAAAUUUAUUAAGAAUGGUGCAAUUGUUUAAAUUUCUACUGAAAUCUACUAAAAAACCAAUACGUGCACAUUUACGCGGAAGUUUUAUUGAUAGCUUACGUUUAAACGUACAUGCUGGUCACGGUGGAAAUGGCUUACCACAAUAUGGAGGCAUUGGAGGACAAGGUGGAUGUAUUUAUUUUGUGGCAAAAGAAAAUACAACAAUGCGAAAGGUAGCACAAACAUUUAAAGAGAAACGCAUUACAGCUUCAAGUGGUGAGGAUAGCAGCAAACUACGACUGCUUGGUAGGCGAGGCCAUGAUGAACGUAUUGAAGUUCCAAUUGGUGUACAAGUUAUUGAUGAGAAUGGAAAAAUCAUUGGAGAAUUGAAUGAAGAAAAUGCAACAUGCAUUGCAGCAGGUGGUGGUAUGGGAGGCUGUGUUGGUACAAACUUUUUGGGAAAGCCAGGUGAAAAUCGAAUGAUAAAUUUAGAUUUAAAGCUUAUAGCAGAUGUUGGGCUUGUUGGUUUUCCCAAUGCUGGUAAAAGUACACUUCUAAAAGCAAUCUCAAAUGCUAAGCCAAAAAUUGCAUCAUAUCCAUUCACAACUAUACGUCCACAAAUUGGUACGAUUGGAUAUUCAGAUUUGCGCACUAUAACAAUAGCAGAUUUACCAGGCUUGAUUGAAGGAGCACAUGCAAAUUACGGCAUGGGACAUAAAUUUCUUAAACAUAUUGAACGUACACGUCUGCUUUUGUUAAUAGUUGACGUCUUUGGUUUUAGAUUGAGUCCAAAGCACGCACAACGCAAUUGUUUGGAGAAUAUCUAUGCGCUUAAUAAGGAAUUGGAAUUAUAUGAUGAAAGUCUAUUGGAGAAGCCUUGCGUAUUGUUGCUAAAUAAAUUGGAUUUAGACGGUGCAGAAGGGAUUGUAAAGAAAUAUAAACCAUUUAUAAAAAAUUUAGAGAUAGGACUUGAACAAUGUCCUGAAAGUAUAAGACCGACGAAAUUAAUAAAAUUCGAAGAAAUUAUGACUAUUUCAGCGAAAAAUUCUGCACGAGUGAAUAAGGUGAAAGAUGAAUUGAGGAAUGUCUUGGAUAGGUUAGCUGAAAGUGAAAGCGUGCCAGAUGAAGAGGAAUUGCGCUUAAGUUUACAACGAAGAGUGGCGGAGCGAGGCCCAAAAGUAACAUAAACUUUACUGUUUAGUAUAUAUGUAGUCUUAAAGCAAAAAGUGUGUCAUUUUUAGAAAGUUAUUUGAUUGUAAUAUAUAUUAAAAUUUAAAGAUUUGAUUUAAU